GUGAGCAGCUUCAUCUCCAGCUUCGAGAUGCCAAGAUCCUCUCUAGCGUCGGACGCGCCAGACGUUUCACUUCCUCCUGGCGAUGACUCGCCCGAGGACCUGGAUAAGCUCCGGGCACGCGUGCUGCGAAAGUUUUGCGUGUCACAGGUCCCCGAGUCCUGUUUCAGCGUGGUGCUCGCGCUGGAUGUCCUGAUCGCCCAUGCUUUCGACCUGCCCAGCCGCCUCUACUCGCCCACGCAGGUAGAGGCGCAGGUUCUGUUCAUGAUCGCUGGAGGCCUCGCCACGUUUACCCUGGCCCUCGGAUUUGCGGACAUCAUCAUCUCCAUGUGGAUCAAGACUGACUUCGUGCAGGACAACGCGAAUCUGGUGUUGUUCUUUUACCUGGUCGAGAUCUGCAGCUGGUGGCCAUUCCUAGCGCAGAUGGUUCGAUAUGACCGCCUCCCGACAAUGGUCAGGUACCUUGCGAGCGAAGUGACGGUCAUGAUUCUCCUGGUUGUGGUGGGCUUCUAUGCGAUACCGGGCAGCGCCAAGUUGCGCGGCUCGGUCCUGAACAUCAUCCUCCACUUCAUCGGCCAGGUAGCCUUGGCUGCCACGCUAAGCCCUUUCCUUGCGGGAGCAAACUUCUUGUUCUUUGACAACUCACUCACUUUCCGCUUCCUGAACCGGCUGUACUAUCCUGUUCGGUACGUUCACAUCGCGAUGUACUUGGACCAUCACAAACAGCACAGCUUCAUAGACGCUUUGCUGUAUCAUCCGCUGAAUACCUUCGCCUUCGUGAACCUGCUCAUUCAGCUCGUGCUGGUCUACCUCGUGGUACCGUGGGUGCGGCGCUCCAGCCAAAAGCAGAAAGCAGAGGAGUUUCAGCAGAAGACGGGCGGACUCACCUUGGCGGAGGUCACUGCUGUGGCAACGCGUGUGUCGAUGGCCGUUGAAGAAAAGCAAGGAUCCAGCAGCAAGAUGCGCGCUCAAUCCGGUCUCAGGUCCAGCAUUUUCCACGACAUGCCAGACGAACUUGGCGAGGACAACUUUGUCGAAGUCUUGAAUGCUGUCGGAGAUACCUUCGAGGCGUUGCUCUUGGCAAGUCAGGCCGACAGCCCGCGGGUUCGCUGCGCUGUGCUCCGAGUCGCCAUCCAGCCCCUCUCUGAGGCUGGGCCCUCCAAGCUCCUGCAGCUGCUGCCUCUCAUCCUCCCGCAGUUGCUGUUGGCCUUGCGGUGGAAGACCGCGGAUGACUUUGAGGACUGCCCGCUGAGCUGCUUCAUUUUGGAGAAGGCCUUGGCCCUAAACGACACGGCCCUGGUCUCCAUGGUCUACUGGCAACUCCUUGGCCUGGCCACGGACCACUCGGACAAAGCUUCCGCGAUGUACCGCGAAGUGCGGAUUCGUCUCCUGCACGCACUGAUGCAGAGCGACUUCAACGGCAGGCAGUACGACGCGGUUUUUUGCGAGAAGGCCCUUGCAAUGAUUGCAGAUCAGCGAAGACUCUGCUACCAGAUGCGCGUUCUUUGCAGGACGGUGCAAGCUGCGGCCGGCGGCAACGUGGGCAGAAACUCUGCUCUGCGUCAGCAGCUUACCCUGCUCAAUCAGAGGAGGGUGCGGCGCGAAGCAGAUCAGGCUCCCAUGGGUACCCAGGGCCGGCGGCUGCGCCCCUCCGCCAGCUUGGAUGUUCUGGCCGCUCCGACGGAGAUUCCCACCGACUCUACGCGACGGGACAGGAGCCCUCAGCUCAGCAGAGUCCAAGAGGAAAGCUCGCGGGAACUCGAUCGGAGCCGCACACGCUCUGAGUCCCUCGAGGAUGAGGACAUGGUCAGACCCAAGAAGAGCCGGGUCCUGUUCGCACCGGACGUGGGCGACUGCGACGACACCCAGACCCAAGGGUCAGGAUCUCCGUCAUCGUUUCCCAGAGAGCGUUCCGCUUCUGCCGUGAGCCUUUGCAGGUUGCCCUCGCAGGAAGGCCGGCUGGAGUCGGAGGAGAUGGUCCCCUCCAGGUGCCCCUGCUUUGCAUGCUGCUUUCGGCAGAAUCAGAAGCCCAGACCGGACAUCAUCCGUGAGGAGUGGAGAUACGACCCAAGCUUGCAGCAGUUUGGAAACCAGGACCUGACACUGCUGGAUGUCAGCGGAGUGAAGCUGCCAGUAGACCCGGCGCAGUCUCUUGGAGCUUUGGAGCCCAAGAGGUGUUUCGUGGCGAACUCGGCUGUAGCCCCUGUGGUGCUGGCAUACCAGGCGAUUGAAGCUGAUGAAGGAGACAGCAUGCACACCGGCCACCGACUGUAUGCCAUGAAGAAGGGCGACGACCUGCGGCAGGAUGCCCUCGUUUUGCAGAUAUUUCGCCUCAUGGAGACAGCAUGGGCAGAGCACGGUCUCAGAGAAGUCUCGCUCAUGCCCUACAACGUAUUGGCGCUAUCUCCAAAGGAGGGGUUCGCAGCGUUCGUGCCCAAAGCCAAGAACAUCUCACGCAUCCUCGAGGAGUUCGAUGGCGACAUUACCGAGUUCAUCAAGAAGCACAGUAGUGGUUCCACCUCCUCCGCCUAUGACCGUCUGUGCGGCAGCACGGCAGGGUACUGCGUGGCCACGUACCUGCUGGGAAUCGGAGAUCGACAUCUCGACAACAUUAUGAUGACGGAGGAUGGUCACUUCUUCCACAUCGACUUCGGCUUCGUCCUCGGCGAAGACCCCAAGCCUGGUGCUCCCUCUGUCAGGGUGCCUCGCGAGGUCCUCGAAGUCCUGAGGCUGUCCGGCCGAUACGACCGAUUUCGUGAACUUCUCCGCGAGGCUUUCACGCUCAUUCGGCGGACCGCUCGUCUAUGGACGGCGCUUCUGUCAUUGGCGUCGAGCGCUGGAGGGAAUGGCGUCACAGUGUUGCGAGACCACGCAGAACUGGCAAUCCAUAUUGUCAGAGAGCGACUGCACCUUGAGCUGGAUGAUGCAUCAGCAGCUGCUGAGAUUACAGCCGAGGUCGAGCACAACGCGGCGGCCAUGCUUCCUGUCAUCUACGACAAGCUGCACCAGGACGGCAGGUUUGUUUUGGCAUUGAAGAGCAGCGGUGUGGGGAUCGUGCUCCACUGA